AUGGAAGUUCCUACUUGGAUCAUGGGUGUGGGUGCUUUGAAUCAGAAACUUCGCUCCUAUUGGGCUUUUACUACGUCUUUCUUAGCUACACGUGUCUUGUUCCAUUUUGUCUUUGUUUACUCGCUUCUCAUCCCCUCGGGCCGUUACGUCAACAAGCAAAGGCCUAGUAUACUCCCUCUGGCCUUUGGAUUAUUGGCUCUCCCGAUGCAUCUCGUUUGGGCUUACAAGAGCGUGCGUGGCCUUCGUCGUCGCAUGAGGAAACUUGCUGAAGAGGCCAAGAUGCGGGAACAGGCACGUCUCGAUGCGAUCGACGAAGCCACUCGCUUGCUCGAUAGCGCCGACGAGCUCGAACUAGAGGAAGAAGGCACUGGGAAAGAAAAUUCAGGAGCACCACCCACAAGGAUGCUCCGUCAAAACUCUGAUACUCGUGCGCGGGCGCGUCAUCUUGUAUUGAAUGCCGCGUAUGUGCUUUGGCACAGUGCGCCUGAGGCCUGGCGCCGUGCGUACCUGGAAGAGUUGGAGUUUAACAAGAAGCAAGGUAUUGAUCCAAAGGACUUGCGCCGCAGUACUCUGGUCCGUCGCGCAUUAGCGCGGCAUUUGCUCCAUGGGAACAAGCGCGGGCAUAAUGUGCCGUUGAUCAAUGAAGACGAUGAAGACGAUCUUGAAGAUUGGAUGUCUAUCACGUCACUCAACAGCUAUCAGCAGGAGCGCAAGCCGAGCAACGAGCGCAAAGUACCUAUCGGUAAAGGCAUAAAAAUCAGUAUGCCCCGUGAACUUGAUCCCAUUUUGAAUGGCCAAAAGUAUGUGGUCAGUGAAUACCCUGUCGACAGAGAGGCCAGCGGGUCACGUCGACAGCGUAUUGUAGGCCAAAUGCGCCGCCGGUUCGAAGUGGCUCGUCGUGAUAUGGUUGUAUUUUAA